AUGACCUCGCACAGCCGUUCCCUCUUGACCUCUCCGACUUUGAUAUUCCUGUUGGCCUUCCUCCUCCGAGCUAUCCUCCUUGUUUAUGGAAUCUAUCAAGACUCCGUGUCGGCGCUGAAGUACACAGACAUAGACUACUAUGUCUUCACAGACGCUGCCCGAGCGGUUUCAAAUGGAUCUUCACCGUACGACCGAGCUACGUAUCGGUACACCCCUCUCCUUGCCUGGAUCCUCCUUCCGACGAGCUGGGGUGGGCUAUGGUUCCAUUUCGGCAAAGCCCUGUUUGCCCUGUCUGACCUGAUAGCCGGAUGGCUUAUACUGCUACUGUUGAAGAGGAGGGGUCUUGAAGAAGGCAGAGCGCUCAAGUAUGCCAGCGUAUGGCUUCUCAAUCCGAUGGUCGCCAAUAUCAGCACCCGUGGGAGCAGUGAGGGGCUCCUGUGCGUGUUGGUCAUGGCAACACUGUGGGCUUUUGAAACUAGAAAGACACUUCUAGCAGGUUUGCUGCUGGGGCUGAGCGUACAUUUCAAGAUUUACCCCUUCAUCUACGGUGCGAGCAUGCUUUGGGCGCUCGAUUCGACCGCCUCAACUUCUGGCGCAUCAGGCGUCCUCCAAAAAGCGGUUCAAUUCUUCCAUGCUAAGCGCUUGUUACUCCUGUUCACCUCAACCUCGACCUUUGCUGCACUCAAUGUUCUCAUGUACAAUAUCCACGGUUUUCCCUUUCUCCAGCAUACAUUCCUCCACCAUCUUACUCGGAUCGACCAUCGACAUAAUUUCUCGCCUUACAAUACCCUUUUGUACCUGUCGUCAGCACAGUCUGCAAGUCACAAUCCAGCAAGCUCGUCGUUGUCCUUUGAAUCUUUCGCCUUUGUACCACAACUUCUCCUAUCGACUCUCCUGAUCCCCAUCACCGUUGCCAAGAAAGACCUGUCCAGGACAAUGCUCGCUCAAACUCUAGCAUUCGUCACGUUCAACAAAGUGUGUACAUCUCAAUAUUUCCUCUGGUAUCUCGUCUUUCUUCCACUAUACCUACCGGACUCGGGCCUAAUUCGAUCACCGAGACUGGGUCUGACAGCACUCGCUCUCUGGGUGGCCGGUCAAGCCGCGUGGCUACAACAAGGCUAUCAGCUGGAAUUCUUGGGGAAAAGCACGUUCGUCCCCGGUCUGUUUGCAGCGAGUCUUGCAUUCUUCGUCGUCAACUGUUGGAUUUUGGGAGUUAUCGUCUCCGACGAGCGUGUAGUAGUCAAAAGGCACGUCAGAAUCGACAAGUCGCAGCGUGUGCUGGUCAUGCCACCUGUGUUGGAGACCGCUACCGCUAGCUCUGUGGCCAAGGAGAAAACCCCCGUGCGAAGAACGCGUGGGAACAGCAGUGUCGACACGAGCGAUAUUGCAAAGAUACAUUUGGGCCCGAGGAACCAGGUGCUGAAAAGUAACUAG